UUCACACAACUCCUAAAUCUUUAGCAAGAAAUGCUUGGAUUAAGUCCUCUGGUCUAAGACAUUUGGCAAGAAUACUAACGAUGAGGAUAACUUGUACAGCUUUUGUGCUUCUCAUCCAGACAUUACAAUGUUUGGCUUCAGAUGAUUCACCAUUUCAACUAACAAACAAGGCUAGUGGCUUUUGUUUGAUCAAAACGAAUAAUCACUGCGAUGAAGUACGCUGGACAACUGGUGACAGACUUCUGGUUCAACAGAAGAAUAAGUGCCUGGGAGCCCAAGGGAAAAGUGUGGGGAGUGAAAUAAGCCUUUAUGAUUGUGACGAAAACAAUGAACUUCAAAAGUGGGAAUGCAAGAAUGAAACAGUGCUCGCUCUCCAAGGACAAGAGCUUUACAUUGAGCUCACUGGAGAUAACACAGCAGUUCUCUCCAAAACCUUAGGACCGAAUAACCACCUCACAAUUUCAGGGACAUCCAGUGGUGCUUGCACAAGAACAUACCGAGAACUUUAUGUCAUUGGUGGAAAUGGUGCUGGAAAACCCUGCAUGUUUCCGUUCCUGUACAAAGACCAGUGGUACUCAAACUGCACCACAGAUGACUCUUCAGAAAAGCAUCUCUGGUGUGCAGUCGAAACAAAAUAUCAAAAUGAACGCUGGGGCUACUGCCCAACUGCUUCCAGGGCAGGCUGGAAUUUACACCCAAUAACAGGAGUGUAUUACCAGCUCAACACACAGUCAGCUCUGACUUGGCCCCAGGCUGAAUUAAGCUGCAAACAGCAGGGUGCCUCCUUGCUCAGCAUCACUGAUCCUCAUGAGCAGGCUUAUGUCACAGGUAAGGUGGAUCCUGAGCAUGGCUGGAAAUGGUCUGAUGGGAGGCCUUACUGUUAUAUGAAAUGGGACUCAGGACAUCCACUUCCUAAUCCAGGAUACAUCUGUGCAAUUGUUGAUGCUACUGUACAGUUCUCCUGGCAAAGUUCACCAUGCAGCAAGAAACUGGGCUACAUCUGCUACAGUAAAGAAGCGGAGGAAACACCUACACAGAGUGUUCAUACAAGCUUUUGUUCAAGCCCCUGGAUGCCCUACAACGGCCACUGCUUCCACCUUAAUCAUACUCAGAAAACAUGGUCUGAUGCUCAGAGACAGUGCCGUUAUGAAGGAGGGGACCUUGUCAGCAUCCGCAAUGUGGAAGACCAAAGCUUUGUCAUCUCUCAACUUGGAUAUGCAUCCAGGGAUGAGCUCUGGAUUGGACUGAAUGACAGGAAGACAGAGAGGCUGUUUGACUGGAGCGACCACUCCACUGUCAGCUUCACCAGCUGGGAGUUUGGGAAACCUGCUGUCUCCACUGACAUACGGGACUGUGUUCUCAUCAGGGGAGAGAAAGGGAACUGGGUUGAUCGUGUGUGUGAGGAAAAACAUGGCUUCAUUUGUAUGAAGAUGAGUACCUCACAAUCCACUGGAGAUGAAGUGGCUGCAGUGGCUGAACCAGGCUGCAAAACUGGUUGGAGGAGACAUGGUUCCUAUUGCUACUUCAUAGGAACAGAGACCAAAACAUUUGAUGAAGCUAAAGAUGACUGCAAGAGUUCAGGUUCUUACUUAGCUGAUGUUUCAACUGGGGUGGAUAAUGCAUUCCUCGUGAGCCUGGUGGGGAUGAGAUCCGAGAAAUACUUCUGGCUUGGGCUGUCAAACCAAAAAGAUAUUGCUGAAUUUGUCUGGACCAGUACAAAAUCUCUUCACUGCUGGCAUUUCAAAAUUUUUCUCUUAACAACACAAGGUCACCGACAGGGCUGUGUUGCAAUGAAAACAGGGGUUUUUGCUGGCCUCUGGGAUGUGCUGCCUUGCACCAAUAAGGAGAAAUACAUCUGCAAGCACCUGGCACUUGGGGUAGAACUAACCCCUGUCCCACCCACUUUUAAGCCUCUCAAGUGUGCAGACGCCUGGACAUCAGUGGGCUCAAGAAACUACUGCUUUAAGUUGUUUUCAGUGAUGUCUGCAAACAAAAAGACCUGGUAUGAAGCCAGAGAUUACUGCAGGGCCAUCGGAGGAGACCUGCUCAGCAUCCACAGUGCUGCGGAGCUUCAAGUACUACCACAAAGCUAUAAAACAGCCUGGAUUGGACUUAGUGCCCCUGACCCAACCACCGGUUAUGUAUGGAGUGAUGGAUCCCCACUGAAUUUCCAGCACUGGGAGGAUGGAGAGCCAAACAAUUUCAAUAAUGUGGAAUCCUGUGCUGAAAUCAACCUAGAAAAGCGGGACAGUAGUGGGUCAUGGAACGAUGUGCAUUGUGAAACGUUCCAUAAUUGGAUGUGCCAGAUUCGUGCUGGAGUGACUCCAAGUAGUCCCCCAGACACUGCCCCUCCCGUCUACAAUAAAACCUCAGAUGGGUGGCUAAUAUGGAAUGGGACUCAGUACUAUAUUAACACUAGGACGAUGCCCAAUGAAGAAGCUCGUCACUUCUGCCAGCAGAGGCAUGGUGACUUGGUAACUAUCAGCAGUGAAGCUGAAAGUGUCUUUUUAUGGAAACAGAUAUCCAGAGGUUAUGGGUCUUACUGGAUAGGCCUAAACGUAGACCUUGAUGGAACAUUUUCGUGGAUGGAUGGUUCUCCAGUAGUGUUUCAAAGGUGGGAUGAAAAUCAGCCAGAAUUCCAGAACAAUGAUGAGAAUUGUGCUGCCAUGACUAUCUCCAUGGGGUUCUGGCAUGAUUAUAACUGUGGCUUUGAGCACAGGUCCAUUUGUAAACGCAGUGCCUCAAUACCUGCCAAUACCACUGUAGCACCAACAGUUCCUCCAAGAGGUGGCUGUCCACAAAGCUGGAAAAAAUUUAACUCCAAGUGUUAUAUUAUCAACAACACCCAGAAAGAGACAUGGGAAGGAGCAAGGACACAAUGCAGGGCGAUGGGAGGAAAUCUGGCCUCAAUUCCCUUAAGACAUGUACAAGUGUUUUUGUCUACUCAAAUGGCCGAGGCACCAACUAUAGACCUGUGGAUUGGUUUGCAUAAUACACAUGGCGGUUCAUUUUACUGGACAGAUGGACGACCAAUGCGAUACACUAACUGGGGAUCUGAAGGCCGCCUUCCAAUGAGAUUUGUACACCAAACUCGCUGGGAUCGCUUCCGUUAUGAAAGAAUGCACCUGUACGAUGAGAUGGAUUUCCACCCUUACAUUAUUCGUCAUAUGCUGCCGGAAGGGUGUGCUGUGAUGAUUACUGAUCCUAAUAUUGGCAUUGGAAAAUGGGCAAGAAGAUCCUGCAAUGACACCAAUGGAUAUGUCUGUCUUAAAAAUCUUGACCCAUCUCUCCCAGACUCCAGUGAACCAACAACUCCUACAGACUAUAUCAAAAUGUUAAAUGACUCUAUCAAAGUUGUUUCACAAAACAUGACCUGGGAAGCAGCCAGAAAAAACUGUGAAACUGAUGGUGCCAACCUGGCUAGCCUGAGAAAUGAGUGGUCAAAAUUGUACGUUGAGCUGAUGGCUUUGAAUCUCCAAACUCCUCUGUGGAUUGGACUAAACAAACUGCAGACUAACGGAUAUUUCAGAUAUGUUGAUGGCUGGCAUAUGACCUUAUCUAACUGGGGUACAGCAGAACCAAGCAUGAAAAGACCCUGUGUGUAUGUGGACGUGGAUGGAAAAUGGAAGACCGCUGAUUGCACUCAGAACAUGUCAAGUAUUUGUAUGAAAUCUACAGAUAUGGCACCAACAGAGUCAAGUGAAUUCCCAGGAGUUUGCCCUGAAGAUGGAGAAAUGACCACAUACACAAGGCAGAGUUACAGCUGGCUACCAUACAAGGGUUACUGUUACCUGUUUCUCACAGAAAAGAUUGAGUGGCCAGAUGCAUCUACCAGCUGUUCAAGACAUGGUGGAACUCUUGCCAGUAUUGAGAACCCCUCUGAGCAAGAUUUCAUUACAAAGAAUGUGCAAAUAUUUCAAGAGAGCCACACGUCUUUUUGGAUCGGCUUGUAUAAAACUCACAAAGGCUUGUGGCAGUGGUUGGAUAAAACAGUCAUGGACUACGUUAACUGGGAUGUAGAUCAACCUGAUAUCAACCCUUAUGGAGUGAUACAAGUUUCAAAUGGGAAAUGGAAUACAGGGAACCGGUGGCGUGAUAGAGGAUAUGUCUGCAAAACACCCAAAGUAUUAUCAAAAGCACCACCAACAAUUAUAAGUCCUACGAAGAAGCCUCAAACACGUGGCCACAUAAUUUUGCCAGCUGUGCUGGUCAUUGCUGCAAUUGUCAUUGGGACAGUCAUCAUCAUCUUCCUCUUCAAGAAGUCUGGCCGCCGCCUACCUAUCCCUGAAAGGUUUACAACAUUCGACAACCCGCUCUUCUUCAACAACGAGCGGGCCCAACCUGAGUAGAUACUAAUUAGUAGUAGAUACUAAUAAUCUGGUAGCAAAUGCAGAGGAGGAGAACCCUGGGUCUGGUAUGUAAAUACUAGCAGAUGUUACUCAACGGAUGCAUGACCAAUAAUUUCAUUUUCUGUUUCUGAACUACGUUUCUAUGCAGUUGACAAUAACUGGCUUUACAGAACAAAACAAUUUAGGGUGUCUAUACAAAUCUGUAUUUGUAAUCAUUUUGUAAUUUGAAAUUCUUUUUAAUUGUAUAUUUUAUAACAACUAAGCAUUUGGUGACUGAUUGAAUGUGCAGGGCAUCAUUUUAAUUCAUACUUACACCAUGCCUGUAAACUGUACUAUUUUACUUUAAACUACUAAACCUAUUAGGACUAUUUUUGUAUUUACUGCAGAUUGCUCACUGUGUAAAAUUGAAAGUUUAGUUGUAUGAUUAACCUGAAACAAGUCAAACAUGAAACACUGAACAGCAGCCAAUAUAAUAUUAUAGAUGACAAUUUAUCAUCUAUAAAUCCAGCAGGGAGAAAACACUUCUACACAAUGUUUUACUUCAUUUAUCCAAAUUUGUGCUAAAUGUUACUUAACACAGCUUUAAGUUAAAGCAGAAAUACCACACUGCAAAAAUACUCAUAAGUACCAAAAGUACUUCAAAAGCACCAAAGUAACGGCACAUUCACAGUAAUGUAUAUUAUUGGGUUGUCCAAAUGUUGCAGCCGGUAAAGGUGGAGCUAAUGAACCAUCUUAUAUACUUAUAAUGUGAAUUACUAUUGGAUAGUUUGUGAAUUUCCCACUGGGGAUCAAUAAAGUCUUAUGAUUAUGCUGUAGUUUGUUUCAUUAACUUGUUUCUGGGGAAAAAAGAAUAUAUAAUUAAGUUAUCAAAUAAAUAUAGACCUAACAAUUGCCUCUAAAAUGUAGUCGAAAAUAAGCACUAUUAGACCAAAAUACAGAUAGGCUACCGCAAAUUUAUACUUAAUACCGUAUUUGAGUAAACGUAGGCCUCCUUAGUAACGCUACUUUACACCACUAAGCAGAGGCACUCGGAUACAGUAACAAACAGACAAAAGCUCAAUAAGACUCACAUUAUUU